AUGGAUACUCCCGUCGCCGAACACGCGGCGCAAAGCCCGAACCCCGCCCCCACCACCACAGCGCCUGCAUCCGCGCCCGCUGCCACUGCCGCUGCCGCUACCUCGACGACCACCAAGCCCGUCCACUCGCUCGUCAUCGACGCCAACGUCAUCAUCAAGAACGACCCCAGCGUUUCUACCCUUAUCGCCCAGGCCGAGGAGCUUUACACCAUUCCCUCGGUAGUAUCAGAAAUCCGCGAUGAGGCCGCCCGACUCCGAUUCCAAACCACCCUCAUGCCCUUCCUCAAGUUCCGCACCCCCCGCCCGGAAUCUAUCAAGUUCGUCACCGAUUUCGCCCGCCGCACCGGUGACCUUAUGGUCCUCUCCAAGCCCGAUAUCCACCUGAUCGCUUUGACGUACGAUCUCGAGUGCGAGAGGAAUGGUGGUGAUUGGCGGUUGAGGAAAGAGCCUAGUCAGAAGAGCGUUAAUGGUGCGCCGCCUGCUAAGGAAGGUGAGACAACAACCGAAGGACAGACUGAGGCUGCUACUGCUCCCGUAACGGAGGAGAAGGCUGCCGAGGAGAAGACCGAGGAGGUCAAGCAGGUGGAGGAACAGCUUGAGAAGUUGGAUAUCGGAAGCCAAGAGCAGGAGACGACACCUGCUCCUGAGGAGGACGAGGAGGAGGAGGAAGAGGAGAACGAUGGUGAAGCCUCUGACGACGAUGGCGAAUGGAUCACCCCCACAAACAUUAAAAAGGUCCAAGCCCGCGAAUCCACCCAAAUCGCCCCCGAGCCACUCCAAAAGACGCUCCAAGCAGCCCUCAUCACCUCCGACAUGGCCAUGCGCAACGUCUCCCUCCGCAUCAACCUAAACCUGCUCGACUCCUCCUUUGCGCGCAUCACCGUUCUCAAGACCUGGGUUCUCCGCUGCCACGGCUGCUGGAAAGUCUGCAAAGACACCACCAAGCAAUUCUGCCCUUCGUGCGGCCAGCCCACUUUGACCCGGGUAUCCUGCACGACCGACGCCGCAGGCAACUUUACUCUGCACCUGAAGAAGAACUUCCAGUUUAAUAACCGGGGCAACGUCUACAGCAUUCCUAAGCCGACGCACGGUACCGCGAGUGGAAAGAACCAGAAUGUGAAGGGCGGUGGAAAGGGUGGUUGGGGCAAGGAGUUGAUUCUCGCCGAGGAUCAGAAGGAGUAUAUCAAGAGGGCGGAGGAGGAGAAGAGGACGAGGUAUAGGGAUUUGAUGGAUGAUGAUUAUUUGCCGGGUAUUCUUACCGGACAUAGGCAGGGUGGUACGGGGAAUAAUAGGAUUAAGGUGGGUGCGGGGAGGAAUGUUAAUGCUAAGAAGAGGAGGUGA